GAAUAAGUAUAGUUGACACGAGCACUCAACUCAACGCUUAAAUUAAGUAGUUUGGUUAUCAAGGUGGUGUACAAUAGCUUUUUUUUUUUUUUAUCCGGAUGAGACUUGCCUGUUGGAAGUUAUUGCUGGCUCAGCUUUAAAUUAUUUUAUUUAAAAUAAUUAAAACAAACAAUUGGUUACUUACUGCACAAAGACAAUCUGAAGUUAAAAUACGGACCAAAUGGCCUACUUUGAAUAAUCUUUGUGCCUACCCCAGGCGACCCACUGAUAGAUUGAGUAGGCUAAAGACCGCCCCCAUUUUCAGUGUGGACGGGAAUCCUUAGAUGACUAAGUUCUUGGAAACUGAAACGAGAUGCUGGCCUUGCAUCUCUUGUCAGUGGUAGUGGCUCUGGGUAUGGGGCCAGUCUCUGGCUUUAGCAACGGGAAGGUUUCCCAGGCCUGUGGGGACAUGGUGCCAGUGCACGGCUCUGAGUCCAGCCCCCUGCCUGCUCCUUACAACAUCUCUGUACACACUUCGACUUUUGGUCCUGGGGACAAUAUAACAGUGACUUUAUCCGUCGCCAUUUCUGGGUCAGGCUACUUUAAGGGCUUCCUGAUGGAAGCGAGGGAGGCUGGGAACCCCACUGCCUCUCCUGUCGGGUCGUUCAUCCUGGUCAACCCAGCUGUUUCCCAGCUGCUGCGCUGUGGCCGCACGCAGGGAUCCGCAGUAAGCCACACCAGCGAUUCCAAAAAGACAGAGGUCCAAGCUCUGUGGGAAUGUCCAAGGAACCCUCCAGAAAAAGUUCAAAUCCUGGUGACGGUGGUGCACAAAUAUAAGGAGUUUUGGGUGAAGGUCCCUGGUCCUGUGUUGUCUCUAAAGGGGACGACUCCGGAACCUCCUAGCCCCUCUGCCUCCACCACUAAACCCCCCACCCCAUCUCCACUGCCCAGUCCUUUCACCUCGGUCGGCUGUGGCGGCAGCAAGUCAUGCUUGCGGGACCCUGUGGGCUGUGACCCAGAGGCUGACCUGCACUGCUUCUUCCUGUCCUUCACCCCGGAGGGAAACACUGUGCUGUUUGAGCUGAGCGGGCCGGCGGAGGGAUACAUGUCCUUCGCCCUGUCACUAGACAAAUGGAUGGGUGACGAUGACGUGUACCUGUGUGUGAGAGACGGCGAGGGCGUGAACAUCGACGCCGCCUACGUCUCUGGACGAACACACCCUGUGCUGGCGGAGAAGGAUGUUCUGUCAGAACGGGCCUGGAGGCUCUCUGACGGGGUCAUCCAGUGUCGUUUCCGUAGAAACGUGCGGACUGCGCAGCAGAGCGACGGCAGGUUCAAUCUGGACCAGAGCUUCUUCCUGUUUCUAGCUCACGGCAGGGCUGAAAACGGCGCCAUACAUAGACACGACCGCCAGCCUUUGAUUUCCACCAAUCAAAAGGUCCUAACAAGCACUCCUGAGGAUCUGAUUGGCUCACGGUCACCUUUGAUGAUCAAGUUCCAUGGUGCAUUGAUGCUUGUAGCCUGGAUGUUUACUGUCAGCACCGGAGUUGUGGUCGCUCGCCACUUCAGAGCAGACUGGCCGGAGAGGACGGUAUGCGGGCAGAAGAUGUGGUUUCAGGUGCACAGAAGCCUGAUGGCCGUGUCUGUGGCGCUGACCUGCGCGGGGUUCACCUUGCCCUUCAUCUACAGAGGAGGAUGGAGCAAGCAUGCCGGCCCCCACCCUUACCUUGGCAGUACCGUCAUGGCAUUGUCCGUGAUCCAGCCCGCCGUGGCCUUCAUCAGACCAGCCCCUGACUCCUCACGGAGGUACGUCUUCAACUGGAUGCAUCUGGGGACAGGCAUCGCUGCCCAGGUCCUGGCUGUUGCAGCCAUGUUCCUGGGGCCCCAACAGCAGGCCAUUCUCCUGCCCAGCCCCUGGCCCACGGCCGUGCUGUACGGCUGGGUGGCCUGGUUGGUCGUGACCCACCUGCUCCUGGAGCUCCUUACUAGAAGAUCGCUCGCCACAGUUCACAGUUUCCACUAUUUUACAGAAUCAGAGGAUAAGGAGAUCUUAGUCACUCAGGUUGAGGAGGAGCUGAGGCAGAAACAGGCGACUCCAUACAAGAAGAUCGUCCUGGCCGUGUUCCUUUUGGGAAAUGUCACAUUCCUGGCUGUCCUUUUAAGCACUAUUGCAAAUGUGUAACUAGAAAUGUAAAAGUUUUCAAAAAAGUAUUCUAAUUUAUUGUGAUUACAGGUACGUAAUUUGUGUACCAGAAUUGUUUGUCAAUUUUUCCACACAAGCCAAAGUGGUGCUAUUUAGCACAGCACUGCCUCUGACAUUGUCAGAUUUUGAAUGAUUUGUUUAAAAAUCAUUUUAAGGAACGCACACUGGGCCAAGUCUCUGUUCAAAAACGCACUCUUCUGCUGUGAUUUAUUGUUGAUUUCUCCAGCUCGUUUGAAUAAAUACCACAUAUUACAUGUGAACAACUCAAAUCAAAACGUUAGUUAUUUUGUAUUGAAAGGGGCUUGAUUAGGCACAACCAUGUUGAUGCUGUACGUAUUGCAGUUUCACUGUGUGCCGCUGAAUACUUCCCUCAGCUCGCCUCGCAGAAAAGGACUGGGCUUUCUGCUGUUAUCCUACAUAGUGCUGCUCAUUAGUGUUUCUUCUGUGCUUCGCCUCGGUAUGUCACCACUGUGACUGCAAGUGCCUUCAGCCAUUUGUGGAAAUGUUCUUCUGAUUAGAGCACUGGAUCACUUUUUGUGUUUUUGUGUGUGUGUGUGUGUGUGUGUACUGGUCAAUAAAAUGUUAUUGAU